AUGUUGGCCUCAUGCGGGGAACGUAUUAUCGAGGCAUUUGAACGCCUUUGGACACAACUUUGCAAAACGCUCAUUUAUCAGAUGGUGAGGCAGACAGAGACGAAUGGGGAUCAGCCAGAUCUUUUGGGAAACCGCAAACAACCGCGGCCAGUCAUGAAAAGCCUCGGUACAACGGCGAUGGCACGAAAAUGGAGGAAGGUACUUGGAAGGGCAUACACACGCAGAAAGCCUGGUUCUGUGAUUGAUGGUUACCUUCCCAGAUGCCAGUUCGACCAGGGAACAUCUGAUGGGCACUGCGCACAUACAUGGAAAGCCG